AUGGCGCACCUCCUGGGCCACCGCGGGUGCAUGGAGAGCCUGCGGGCCGACCUGCGGGACCUGCAGGCCGCCAUCGCCGAUGUGUGCUCUCGGGCCGGCGCUGUACGCUUCCCCUCCUGGAAGUUCCCCGACAAGGUGUCCUGCGACCUGGACAUAUCGGUGCUGCUGCAGCGCUACAGGCACAGCGACAGCGACCCCGAGUUCAGCCAGCACGCACACGUGGUGCUGCUGGAGCUGGUCAUAGACAGGUGA